GUAUCGCUGUGCCCCCAGGUGGCCUUCAUGACACUGACACUGUUCCCCAUCCGGCUUCUGUUCGCCGCCUUCAUGAUGCUGCUGGCCUGGCCCUUGGCGCUCGUGGCCUCACUGGGUCCUGCUGAGAAGGAGCCUGAGCAGCCCCCAGCGCUGUGGCGGAGGCUCGUGGGUGUCCUGCUCAAGGCCAUCAUGCGCGCCAUGUGGUUCGCGGGCGGCUUCCACCGAGUGGCCGUGAAGGGGCGGCAGGCACUGCCCAGUGAGGCUGCCAUCCUCACUCUGGCACCACACUCGUCCUACUUUGACGCCAUUCCUGUCACCAUGACCAUGUCCUCUGUUGUGAUGAAGGCGGAAAGCAGGGACAUCCCAAUUUGGGGAACCCUGAUACGGUACAUACGGCCAGUGUUCGUGUCCCGGUCCGACCAGGAUUCUCGCAGGAAAACCGUGGAGGAAAUCAGGAGCCGGGCACAGUCGGGUGGAAAGUGGCCGCAGAUAAUGAUUUUCCCAGAAGGAACUUGUACCAACAGGACCUGCCUGAUUACCUUCAAGCCAGGUGCAUUCAUCCCCGGAGUCCCGGUGCAGCCUGUGGUGCUGCGAUACCCAAAUAGGCUGGACACCAUCACGUGGACGUGGCAAGGGCCCGGAGCGUUGGAGAUCCUGUGGCUCACGCUGUGCCAGUUCCACAAUCGGGUGGAGAUCGAGUUCCUUCCCGUGUACAGCCCUUCCGCCGAGGAGAGGAUCAACCCUGCGCUCUACGCCAGCAACGUGCGGCGCGUCAUGGCCAAGGCCCUGGGCGUUUCAGUGACCGACUAUACAUUUGAGGACUGCCAGCUUGCACUGGCAGGGGGACAGCUACGCCUUCCCACCGACUCCUGCCUGUUGGAGUUUGCCAGGCUGGUGCGGAGCCUCGGGCUGAGGCCUGAAAAACUUGAAAAGGAUCUGGACAAAUACUCAGAAAAUGCGAAGAUGCGGAGGGGUGAGAAAGUCGGCCUGGGGGAGUUCGCGGCGUGCCUGCAGGUGCCGGUCUCUGCAGCGCUGGAGGACAUGUUUGCACUGUUCGAGGAGGGCUGCGGCGAGAUGGACCUGCGGGAGUACGUGAUCGCCCUGUCGGUCGUGUGCCGGCCGUCCCGGACCCUGGAUACCAUCCGGCUGGCAUUCAAGAUGUACGGGACACCCGGGGAUGGGAGCAUUGACGAGGACCACCUCUCCCGCAUCCUCAGGAGCGCCCUGGGCGUGGCAGAGCUCCCUGUCACUGGCCUGUUCCAGGCCAUCGACGACAAGGAGAAGGGGAGAAUCACGUUUGCUGACUUCGAGAGCUUCGCAGAGUUGAACCCGGACUUUGCCGAGGAGUACCUGUACCCUGACUGGGAGCCCCUCCAUGGCGGCACCCAGACGCCAGUCACACCGAUGCCCAAUGGUUUCUGUACCGACUUCAGCCCCGAGAGCUCGGACUUGGGGAUGCAGCCUCGCCAUAGGAAGCUGGAAUAGGGCUCAUGGACCCAAGGCCGGGACCUCUUCCGCACCCGGCCUCCAACUGCAGGCCUGUCCCCCAUGGCCUCUGCCCGCCACGCAGGGGUCCUCGGGCCGAGUCCAGGGGCUGGGCCUGUGCGGUUUCUCCGAGGGGUCUUGAGUGGCAGAGCCGGGAGGGUUGGACGCACCUUGGCCUUACUGGGGUCCUGGGGCAGUUCUGUCACUCCCCACCACCAUCCCUUUCUGCCCGUCCGCACUGGCUGUGGUCACCGUGCUGUGUCAGCGUGGCCUGUCCCGGGGUAUGGCAGAGGCGCCGAUGUCUGCUUUUUAAACAUUUCUAUAUUUUCGAGGGAGCUCACAAGUAUUUUAUAACUUCAUUUAGGUACUUCAGAAGACAUUCAGCAUUUUUUUAAAAAAGAAAUUGUUUUUCUACUUCGUUUUUCCUGUUGGGCUCAGAGGUUAUUUAUUUAUUGGCCCUCUUUUGAUAGACUCCAAGGCGGUGGGGGCUUUGCCACCCGCUUCCAGCCAGUGCCCCCCUGCAGGUGGAUUCCUCCCCUCCUGACCUGGCCGCCUUCUGGUCUCCACCCUUUUGAACCUUCUUUCUUAUAACUUCCAGUCUGGUGUCUCUGUUUCAGAGACCAAGGCUCUGGGAGGCUUCACUGUAGUGCAGGCUCAGCCGGACACGUUGGGCAGGAGCGGGCAGCGGGCCCUGGUGUCCCCACGAGCGCCACCUGCCGUGCGCCGUCCCACCAGCUCGGACACGCCCGCUGCGGUCCCACCUCUCCUUUCUGCGCUUCCUGGUAACUUGGUCACAGCCGCCCUGCAAAGCACAGUGGCGCCCUCAGGUGGGGUUUCCUUCCUGAGAGAGCUCCAACUUGCUGAGGAUUUUGUUUUUUACUCCCAAGAUGAAAUGAUACACACUGGGGCCUCCUCGCCAUAGCAAGUGACUGCCAGGGCAUGGGCGUGGGGGUGCCACUCCCAUGGACCCGCAGCCCGCGUCUCUCCACUGGGGGCCUUGGGAAACCAAGCCCAGUCACCAGCGGGACAACGUCACAUCAGCAGGGCGAUUGGCAUGCUGGGUGCCCUGAAGGUAGACAGUACUGGUUCUAUAACUAGCACACAGAAGGAUUAAUUUUUUUGAGACAGGGUCUCGCUGUGUAGCCCAGGCUGGCCUUGAACUUCCAGCGAUCCUCCU